AUGAAAUAAACAAUAUAUAGUGGUGGAGGAUCAUAUCAUGAUUAAAUAGGAGAAGACUCAAUUUAAAUCUGGAGGUGGAUCGAAUUAAAUUAAUAAUUUAGGUAUUAUUCACAAAUUAUUUUUGAUGGAAAAUAUAUCAAUGGAAAAAAGUAGGUAGAUUGGAUCUACUUGAUAAGUAGGAUGAAAAACAACUAUUUGAAUAGAUGUAAAAAUAAAAAAAUUAAGUUUAUAGUGGAUGUGGAUUAUAUAAUGAAAGUAAUUCAAUUAUAAUUGGAAGGUGGGUAGAAUUGAGCGAUAAGAGAAAUUUUUAAGUAAUUUAUCAAGGUGAGUAAAAAUAGUAAAAAUUUAGUAAAUGGAUGGAGGUGAUGAUAAAUGA